CGUGAUUGGUGGAGCAUUCUUUGUUGAUUAACUAGAUAUUGAUAUAAUUACAAUGUUUUAUUUGCUAAUCUACGUGAUUGGUGGAGCAUUCUUUGUUGAUUGCUGUUGUUUUGCUGUUUAUCGGGUUCAAUUGCGAUUUAUUUUCUCUGUUUCUUGUAUUUUAAUGGUUUUUGAUGGGUAAUAUAUUGAUCCUAUUGUAUAUUUUUUGGACUAAUUUUUCAAGGUUUCUACAAUGCCUCGGCUUAUGCGUUCCAUAAGGAAGAAAAAGCUAAAACAAAUACAACUAGUUAUUUCAAUGGUUAUUAUUAUUUUGAUGAUGUAUUGGAUAUGGCAUAUGAUGUGUGUUGUUACAAUAAAGGGUGUUCAAUUGAAAGAAAGAAAAAGAAACAAAAAGUUGCUACGAAUGUUAGUUUUGAGAGGGCUUUACAGAGAGAGUGAUGUGAAAUGCAAGAGUGAGCUUCGCGUUAAUAGAAGAACUUUCAAUAUUAUUUGUGAGAUGCUUAGAGACAUUGGGGGUUUGAGUGGAACAAAAAAUAUGUCGCUUCAAGAGAUCGUAGCCAUGAAUUUUAUACACGUUGGCUCACCAUAAGAAGAAUAGGUCUAUUGGACAAUAUUUCUUCAGAAGUGGAGAAACCAUGAGCCGACAAUUUCACCUUUGUCUAAGGGCUUUUCUCAAAUUACACGAAGUAUUACUUUACAAUCCCACACCAAUAUUGAAUGAUUGUGAAGAUGAAAGGUGGAAAUUUUUCAAGGUAUUGGUCUUUUCUAAACCCCUAAAUUUUGCUAGGAUUUUCUUAUUUUUGAUUGUUUGUAAGUCAUAUUUUUUUCUUAUUUUUGUAGAAUUGUUUAAGGGCAUUAGAUGGGACUUACAUUAAUGUAAAUGUGCCUUCACAAGAACGACCAAAGUAUAGAACAAGAAAAGGAACAAUUGCUAUGAAUGUAUUGGGUGUUUGUGCACCCAAUUUGCAAUUUAUUUAUGUUCUUCCUGGUUGGGAAGGUUCGGCCCAUGAUAUGCGUGUACUUCGCAAUGCUCUCUCUAGACCAAACGGUUUUAGGGUACCUCGAGGUAAUUAUUAUUUGGUUGAUGCGGGAUAUACAAAUUGUGAGGGCUUUCUUGCUCCAUAUAGAGGUCAAAGAUACCAUUUAAAAGAAUGGACGGAUCGACAACCCGAAAGUGCCGAGGAGUUCUAUAACAUGAAACAUGCUAGGGCGCGAAAUGUGAUUGAGAGAUGUUUUGGCCUACUUAAAGGAAGAUGGAGUAUUCUUAGAAGUCCUUCAUUUUUCCCUAUAAGAACUCAUGGACGUAUCGUGAUGGCUUGUUGCUUAUUGCAUAAUCUAAUUAGAAAAUUCAUGCCUACGGAUGAUAUAAACGAAGAUGAAUUAAAUGAAUCCGAUGAUGAUUCCGAAAGUGAUUCCGAUGAUGAAAGGGAAUUUAUUACAAGUGUUGCUACUUCGGAUCAUUGGACCAAUUUUAGAAACAAAUUAGCCCAAGAUAUGUUUAAUGAUUGAAGGGCGAGAGGUAGACAUGGUCAAUAGCAAAAAAUGUAUGAUUUUUUUUCCCCUUCGAUUACAUUAUAUAUAUAGGUGUAUUUUCUGUUUUUGUUCAUUUUGAAGCCACUGCCACUUUGAAUCU